GGUCGUGCCCCCAGAACGCUUGUGAUGACCUUCCAUAGAUGGCGUACUACUUUUGAAAUUUGCAGCAAAACAAACAUCUGACAAAGGUGACAAGAGGCUCUUCCGACAUGGCAGAGAUAGAGGCAGAGAUGGAGGAGGACAUGGGCGACGCGCCAGCCAGAGAGGAUGACAACGACUCGGAUGGAGACGGGGACGGGGACGGGGAUGAAGACGACAGGCUGUUUGCGUGGAUGGUGAAUGACGACAUGGAUGAGGAGGACGAGGAGGAGGACGAUGAAGAGGAGGUAGAGGAUGAGCAGCCCUUGGACACAGAAGCGUCCGAGUCGUUUGAGUUGGACUCCCCAGCCGAGCGCAGUGGUCAUAUAGCAGUUAUUGACAGAAACAUAAUGUAUGUGUGGGGUGGAUACAAGAACGCCCAAAACCACGGAUUCUUUGACCUUUAUUUACCAAGAAAUGAGAUCUGGACGUACAACAUGGAAUCAGGAGUGUGGACAAAGCAUGCAGCUGGAGGAAACCUGCACACAUCCAUGUCAGGCAGCUGUGGGGUGUGCGUCGAUGGAGUCCUCUACCUAUUUGGAGGUCAUCACGCCAGGGGAAACACAAACAGGAUCUACCGCCUCCCCCUGAGAGCUCCAAGCCUCGUUUGGGAGGAAAUGAGAGAUCUGAAGGGAAUGCCUCCGUCCUGCAAGGAUAAGCUCGGGUGCUGGGUUCAGAGGAACAGACUCAUAUUCUUCGGCGGCUAUGGCUACUCUGCACAGGGAUCUCAUCGAGGGACUUUCGAGUACGAUGAAUCCUCCUCACUCGUGUGGGACAGCCCUGGGCGAGGCUGGAACAACCACGUUCACAUCCUGGACCUGGAAACAUCAACAUGGAGCCAGCCGAUCACCACGGGAAACACGCCGUCACCCAGAGCAGCUCACGCCUGCGCCACCGUCGGUAACAGAGGCUACGUGUUUGGCGGACGAUACAAGAGCUACCGGCUAAACGACCUGUACUACAUCGACCUGGACACGUGGGAGUGGCAUGAAAUGAGCGUUCCUCAGCAGGGUCCCGUCGGCCGCUCUUGGCACUCUUUCACCCCCGUGUCGCCGGACCACAUCUUCCUAUUCGGAGGUUUCACCACAGAAAGAGAAACACUGAGCGAUGCGUGGCUCUACUACGUGAGCAAAAAUGAAUGGAAGCCUUUCAAACACCAUCACACGGAGAGGCCGAGGCUGUGGCACUCGGCGUGCUCGGGUCCUGACGGCGAGGUGUUUGUGUUUGGAGGAUGUGCCAACAACCUGCUGUCUCAUCAAAGAGCUGCUCACAGCAGCGAGCUCCUGGUGUUCAACGUUCAGCCCAAAUCUCUCGUGAGGUUCUGCAUGGAGGCCAUCCUGCAGCACAGGGAGCGCUUGUCGAGUUACUGGGACUGCUUACCCAAACACCUCCUGCACAGCCUCAAACAGAGGAUGUCACGGGUCAACACACUGGGCUCCUAGGCCGUCAUCUACUGCAGACGAUUACAAUGUGAUGUGUAUGUAUGGACGAGAUGAACGCCACCCUCAAAGCAUUAAGUUAAUGUGUGUGUGUCUGUGUGUGUGUGUGGACACUUGCAUACAUGAAAAGAAAUCUCUGAGCAAUAGUGAAGAGCAGUGAAGCUUUUAGGAAGGCUGACCGGCACACUGAGGUUUGAAGGGUUUCCAAAGCGUGUUAUUAUUUGUCUCCUCAUUAUCUCAUAAGUUGAACUUUUUGCAAAGCCAGGAGAAUCUUUUUAGAGAGGAAGCAUCAGUCCAGGUGUUACUGAGCUCUUCCAUACAAGAGGAGAGAGAGAGAGAGAGAGAGAGAAACAUGUUCAACUACUGCUGGCUUCCUUUUUUGUUCUCACCUUUCAGUCAGAAAAUUAAACAACUUUCAUGUUGGAGGAAUUCAGGAAGAUUCAAAGAAAUCCUGAGGAGGAGGCUAGAGAGCAAAAGUAAUUGUUUGGAGUUUUUGGUUUGAGUGUUUUCCAGAGAUCCCUUUUCCUCUGCACACAUAUUUAACCUCUGGUAGGAUUAAAGGAGAGAGUUUGGUUCCUUCAGACCAACAGAAACACCUCUCAUGGGACGAAAUAUUUUUACUUUUUCUGGUUUUCCUUUCAAAGUUUGACCAACAUUAAAUGCGGAGGUGCCAGGUUUGCUUUAAUGGUGCAUAUAUUUUUGGGAGCCUGUUGCUUCAUUGAUUUCGAGUAUUUGGCUAAAUCGAGUGUUUAACUUCAAAACAGACCUACGACUCGUGCUUCAUUUCAAACGACUCUCCUCUCAGAACUGUUGAUUUGUACUUUUAAGUAGUUAUUUAUAUAUUUGUGAGGUAAUGUGACUUUUCUUUUUCUUCUUCUAAAAGGCUUCUGAAGCCUUUACAUUCUCCCGAGCGGCUCGUGUAGCAUCUGAACUUUAAUUGAAUCGAUGAGUGAGAGAAUGCGAUUGGUCGGAUGUUGAGCCACGUUGCACUGAGACGCCUGAUGUCAGCAGGGCCGUGUUUGUAUUUGCCUGGUUUGCACAAUGUUCCCUUGGUGUUUUUUAUUGUAGAAUACAAUGUGUACCGGUACUUUGUACUCAAAUAAUAAACACGUACUAUACGUUUCA